AUGGGCGAGAAGGACGCUAGCUCGACCGAUGCGGCCUGGAGCGGCCCGACUGCCGACAGGUUCGAAAACAAAGCAUACAGCGAGUACUUCGACCCAUGCCAGGAAGCGGCGCAGAAGAGCAUCCGAUGUCUGCACCGGAACGGCGGCGAUAGGGAGAUGUGCACCGACUUUUUCCAGGCUUAUCGAGACUGCAAGGAGCAAUGGACAAACGCACGGAAAGAGGCUAGAAAGAAGUCGUCGUGGUUUGGGUAA